GCGGAGCGCGGGCGGCCGGCCGGGGAGGCGCCACAUCCGGCGGCUGCUCGGUACUUCAUAAAGCCGUCGCCGCCGCGCUUUGCCUCCGCCGCCGCUCUGGGCUCUUCUCGGCCGCAGGAGUAGCUGCUCCAAUGCCCCAGAGCGGCCAUGGGCGCCCCGCACUGGUGGGACCAGCUGCGGGCUGGCAGCUCGGAGGUGGACUGGUGCGAGGACAACUACACCAUCGUGCCUGCCAUCGCCGAGUUCUACAACACGAUCAGCAACGUCUUGUUUUUCAUUUUACCGCCCAUCUGCAUGUGCUUGUUUCGUCAGUAUGCAGCAUGCUUCAACAGUGGCAUCUACUUAAUAUGGACUCUUUUAGUUGUAGUGGGAAUUGGAUCCGUCUACUUCCAUGCAACCCUUAGUUUCCUGGGUCAGAUGCUUGAUGAGCUUGCAAUCCUUUGGGUUCUGAUGUGUGCUCUGGCCAUGUGGUUCCCCAGAAGGUAUCUACCAAAGAUUUUUCGGAAUGACAGGGGCAGGUUCAAGGCCGUGGUCUGUGUCCUGUCUGCAGUUACAACAUGCCUGGCGUUUGUCAAGCCUGCCAUCAACAACAUCUCUCUGAUGACCCUGGGAGUUCCUUGCACCGUGCUGCUCAUUGCAGAGCUAAAAAGGUGUGACAACGUGCGUGUAUUUAAGCUGGGCCUCUUCUCGGGCCUCUGGUGGACCCUGGCCCUCUUCUGCUGGAUCAGUGACCGCGCCUUCUGUGAGCUGCUGUCGUCCUUCCACUUCCCCUACCUGCACUGCGUGUGGCACAUCCUCAUCUGCCUGGCCGCCUACCUGGGCUGUGUGUGCUUUGCCUACUUCGAUGCUGCCUCAGAGAUCCCUGAGCAAGGCCCCGUCAUCAAGUUCUGGCCCAGCGAGAAAUGGGCCUUCAUCGGCGUCCCUUAUGUGUCCCUCCUGUGUGCCAACAAGAAAUCACCGGUCAAGAUCACAUGAUGGCAAGGUGGUGGCUGGCUUCUCUGCUUAUUUUCCCUCAUGCACUGGGCUUCAUUUGCUAGCAAAGAUAGCCAAGGGGGUUCGAAGAGUUGGGGUAUGGCCUGUCUUUUAAAAAUUCUCUUCCCUUGGGCUCUAACUAGUGUGUCUGUGGACCGCCAGGACUCCACUGUGCUUGGGGAGAAACGUCUUUCCCUUUCCCAGAGAUGGAGAGUUAGAGGGCUUAGGGACACUAGGUGUAUCUGUCUUAGCCUCACUUCCAUGUGCAGUGGCUUUUUGGGCUGCAUCCUUUGUGGCCGUGGCAGAGCAGUCCCUGGGGGAGCCCAGCCCUGCACAGAGCCUCUCUUCCUGGAGAAAGGUGCCCUGCGGCAGCCCCCGCCGUGCCCACGCACCCUUGGAGUGGACUCUGCUGUUGACAGCCAGACCCUCCAAUGACGACACCCUCUGACUCUCUGCUGGAAGGUGCUGGAGAUUUCCAUUUGGGGAAAUUGUCUUUAAAGAAAACGAAACAAACGAAACACAAGGCUUGUGGCUAAAAAGGCUAGUUUUUCACUUGCGACUCUCAACUAACCCAGGUUUUACAUACAUUUGUGAAUCCUUUUACUACUACCUCUGCUGAGAGAUGGAGACUUCACUUCAGAUGAGGGUAAAGCUAACGAGUCAAACCCUCUAUGCCAAAACCUACACUCCACUUAAAGCCAUUCUUGAAGAUGAGCACAAUUUUUAAAUAUUGACAUCACUUCUGCCUCCCCUCUCCUGCCUCCGCUCAGUAGCCCCAAAUCCACAGAGAAGAAUAGAGCCACCCUGCUAUGACUUACCAGAGGGCUUCUUACGAUUUUGGUGGGGGUUCUGCUUUCACAUUUGGAGCAAACAGGAAGUUUUUGGAAACCUUUUUCUCAUUGGAAGCCUCCAGUAUGCUAUGCUAGUCUGGAAAUCUCUUCAAGACUGUCACCUCUUGGUUCUGUAAUAUUUCCUGAGGGCAUCGUGGCCGGCACCCUCCCAGCACAAGGUGCUUCCUGUGGCUUCUCAGAGCUUCGACUCUCCCUCUUCCCAAGUGCUGGCCAUGACAACAGGCUCUCUGGCUGGUUUGAGUCACUGGUGCAGCAGGACAAACCUGUUGCCUUCUGAAUUUUUCUUCCCUCAUGUGACACUGGCUACAACUGAUCUCCUCUUCACUGGGCUGAAUGGAAGAUUCCAGAACUGUCUCCGCGGUGUAAGAUGGGACUUAUCGACCUCAGGGAUACUCAUUUUAACUCAGGCAUCUCCUGCUUUGUAACAUUCCAUUCUUGGGGAAAGGCAGGACAGACAUGUCCUUCUUGUGUGGACAGGAGUCAUGUCAUUGUCCUCAGUAUCUAAGAGUUGGAAAGUAACAGUUUUUGGCACCUCCAGCAGUGCUUUACCAUGGUUAGAAUUUGCACAGGAUCCAAGGCAAAAAGCCCAAUAAGGAACUGAAUUGAGAGUUUAAAAAUGAAUGACUUUAUUCUACUUCUGUCGUUAUCAAAGUAUUUAGCAGCAGAACCUUGCUUGUAGUAAGAAAUCCUUAUAGAGCCCUCAUGUGUGAAGUAAAUUGUAUUCUAUUAACUCAAAUUUAUUUAAGGUUAAAUUUAUAGCACUUAGUAAUAUAUCAGGUGGUGAAAAUGCAAAUUAACACAUUGGUGAUGUCCAAGGUAGAAAAAUUUGGUGUUGAAUCAGUGUACAUGUUGCUUUUCCAUAGUUUAAAAAGUAUUUUUAAAAUGACCUUUGAAUUAAGUAUUUGUGGGACCUCUAAUGGACCUGUCUGAGCUCUGGGUGGCCCAUGGAACAGAACUGCUGCGAAGUCCUUUGGGUUUCAAGUCUAGAAGUUUGUAAAGAGAAAAAUCAGACUAUUCUCAUUUUAGAUUGACCUCAUCAGUCAUGGAAUCUGGUCUCAUCUAUUUUGCAGUAGAAAAAUGCUCCAAAGUAGGGGGUUUUGUGUAUUUGAAGCCCAGCUGUCUUAGUGUAGAAGCACAGAUAAGUAGCAGAAUGCAGGAAAUGAUUUUUUGUGUGAGGUUGAAUUUGUCUCGAGGGUUCCUCAGUGAAAGGAGCAUUGUCCCAACAAUCAAGGAAGGGCCAUUUCUUCCUAUCAGGGAGGACUUGUUCCCUGGGGGCCUUGGAGACACCCCCACCUGCAAACCCUGGAAAGAGGGAUAAACUACUAUUGCUGGAUGUAUUUGACUAGGCCUGGACGGAAGGAAGUGCCCUGACUCACUGGGCUAUUACCGCCUCUCUUCUGUAAGACAUAUGACUAAGAUAAGCUGUCAAAAAAAAUGCUUUUGAUAUGAAAAGCAGAAUGUCCUUCUGGAGAUUGGUUGUAAAAGAGAUGAGGGCUGAGAAAGAAACGUGGAAUGGGGUACAUUUAAGGAGGACAACACAUAACUCUGCUUUUGAACAGAAAUCACUGUAGCUUGCUAGCAUGGGAUGUAAAAGUAAAGAGAGUAGAAAUAUACCAGGUUUUUUUUAUUUUUUUAUUUAUUUAUUUUUACUUCUGCAAUGACUUGGAACCAAUCUUAUUUUGAAUUGGGUUUAUGGCAUCAUUCAUAUUUAUAUAAAAGCACUACAUGCUCUUUAAAGGAAAUUGGGAAACUAGAAAGUUGAAGAAGAAGAAAAGAGUAGCCCACGUUUCUUUUGCCCAAGUAAAACCACUGUUGGUAUUUUGGUUUAUUUCUUUAUUUCUGUCUCAUCGUUUUUCCUGUUAUGGUUAUAAAUAGAUGUCUUUUAGAGUCGUCAGUUUAUUCUGUAGCUUAUAUGGAAUAUCAGUUGUGUAUUUUUUUCAUGAGGAGCAAGUUUGGAAUACACUAGAUGUAGCUAUAUCCUUGAAUACUCACCACUGGAUUCUGAGAAUUACUACUGAAUCUUCCUUUGGAAUCAAGCCUCACACCAAUGGGCCCUAGGAAAUAAUGAACUGAGUUCUACUUUUUGAUAUGCUUCUGCACUUGCGUUGAUGAGUCACAGCAAAUAGCUGUUAAAUAUGUGACUUCACAGAUUUUGAUGUGUUCAGAUUUAUAAAAAAUAAAUAGCUUAUUUCAUUAAUUGAUGUGCAAUCAAGAAUGUCCUUCCUCUUUCCCCCAGUAGGUAGUAGGAGUCAGGACGGCGAUGGCAGAGGCUUACUCAGCAUGGCUAUCCGAUUUUGUUCUGGUUAGAAUUUGCCCAAGAUCAGUACCCAUCGGGAACUGGAUUUAGGAUAUAAAAAACCAGUAAUGUUACCAAGUGAUCAUUUCAGUCAGUGAUUUGUGUUUUAUCGUGUUUGAUUGAUUGUGGAUUAUUAGGAAAAGAAACCUUUUCUCCCCUGUUUGAUUUUAUUAUUAUAAAGCCAGCCCUUCAGUGAGCACGUUUCCGGUGUGGGGGAAUGAGAUGCAACGGGCUACGUUUUGGGGAACACUGUGCCUGUCCAGUGAAGAGUGCCUAAAACAUUAAUUUUAGAUCAAAAAUAUUCUGUUGGGGGACAAAGCUUGAUGAUCAUCAAACACAGGCUUUGUAAAAAUACUGCCACCUCUUCCAUUUAGUGGAUUUCUCAGGAGUGUAAAAACCUCUAGCCAGGUCGUCAUGCUUCCGUGAGCCGGUGCCGGGCCGACGGCUCCAGGACUGGGACUUGAGCCCUCCCUGGCUCUGUAUGCCUCGGGGCUGACAUGGCACCAUCUCUAGGGGACAGGUGAGGGCUGAAGCCUGCCCAGCUAGGGCCCCUCUCCUAGCUCCUUUUCCUUUUCCCCCAAAUGAACUUGAAACUUUUUAUAGCCAAGGCUUUGCCUGGGUGCUGUUGUUCCCUCUGGUCAAAGAGAAGUCUUGGACCAGAUUGGGAUUCUCAAUGGAUUUUAUAGACAUCAUUCUUCUACAGGCUUAAAAAAAAAUGGCCCCUACUUUAAGGGACUCAUUGUUUGAAUCGUAUCUUUCCCUAUAUGAUAAACCAUAUUUAAGACUAUUUUAUAACCACAAUAUGUAACCAGAGCAAAUGUUGUAUUUUCAGAUAUAUACCUUGUUUUCUACCUUAUAUGGGGUGUGCUGUGUAAGGGUGGUGUGCCCACUGGCUGUGGUCAAAUUCAAUCUCCAUUGCCUUGGGAGUGAUUUAAGGCCUUUUGAAGUGGAGCUUUUGCACUUUAUGCUCUUUUUGUGAACUGACUAUAAUGACUAUUUGAUAUUAAAACUGUAAAUGACAUUUUCUGUGAAUGAAUAUGUAUAUGUUCAUGUCUGUUUCCAAAAUGAUUUCUGAAGUAUCUGCAGUGAAAACGUAUGUAAUGGACUAUAGAGCAAAGCACGUUUGCCUAAAUUCAUUCAUUUGUUAAUUUGGGUACUGUUGUUAUUAAAUAUGUUUAAAAUACUUAA